AUGCCAGAUGACGAAUCUGUGUUACUGGCAGAAGCAGUUUGCGAGUUAUCACAACUGCAAUCUAACGUAUCCACGUUGUCAACCGUCUUUGCAAAACAUGCGGCUGGACCCAUCCAGCUGGCGCAGCUAUAUGGGGAAAUUGGAAAACUGCAAACAACGACAAACGUAUUGUGCUCAAGCUUAGAGAGAGCCCUGAAGUUUGCUGUACCGACGCUAAUUGAAGAUCUAGAUUCCAGAAACCAAACGCUAGAGAAUUUGAUGGUAUACAAAAGAAAUGCAGAACAAACCAUAAAACAGCAAACUCAACAGAUUACUCAGCUAAAAGCGGAACUAGCAGCAAUCAAAGAGUUUUUCCCCAGACAAGCUGUUGGUCAAAUCGAGUCAAUAUCUUGGAUCGGUUCGAUAAUGGCAGCAUUGCUGUGGAAAGCGUGCAAACAACAAGAGAGCGUGAAAGCCUUGAUUGGUACUGACAGCUUACGAGAAUUUAUCGGAAUGGCCAAUUGUGUUUUGAGCAGUUUUGUUGCACGGCACCAACAAAAUAACGAUUCAGUCCAACUUUCCUCCGAAAGUGAGGAUUAUAAAUUUUUGGCAUCACUCUGCGGAGCACUUACCAACUUAGCAGCUUAUCCGGAAGGUAGAGCAUACCUAGCCAGUGAGGCCGACGGUUUAUUAUUUGCUAACAGUCUUCUCCACGCGGUGCAAUUGUUUAAUAUGCCGGCUGGCAGGUUGCUCAAGCGGAUGUCUCUGACCUUUGUUUACAAUAUAUGCUUAGAACCAAUCGGCACUCAGUUCGUAAUAGAAGACGAUAAUCGAUUACGGAACGUCAUUGCCUGUUUGAAUCUAGUCAAUUCGGAGGAUGUUCUGAUUUUAGCGGUCAGUUUGUUAGUACGACUGAUUAAAGCAGCAGUGAGAUAUGACCAGAAGACUACGAUAUGCCGGCAAGUUCCCAAAGCCAUUGUUAAAUAUAUGACUGAUUCCAACAAUACGCUGCUGAAAGAAACUGCAGCGCAUUUAUUGGAGUUAGUAGAAUUUGAUUGGAAAAAUGCUGCAAUUGAGAUUGAAAAUAAAACGAUCUAG